CACGGGGGUGCUGGGGGCCGCGGCGACGCAGGGGGCUGGGCUGGCCGCUGGCCCUCCCGAUGCUCUGCCACGCACCACCGCCUGGACGAGGCCUCGCUGCCCAGUGUCCGGGUGCUGGGAGACCAUUGGGAACUCCAGCCUCACGUCACAGUCCCGGGGGCAGAGCUCUUUGCCAUCAAGGAGGGCCUCAAUGCUGCCAUAACACCUACCCAACACCAACCAGUCUCCCUCUUUACUGACUCCCUCACUGCCCUCAUCUCCUCCACUCACAACACAGACCUCACACCCACCACUCGCUGUGCUUCACCAUGCAUUCACUCGUGGCACAGCUGACCUCGGGGGCAGAUGGGCCUACCUUCAGUGGCUACCGGAUGGUACUGUACACUGGCCCUGCGUCCCUGGGUAAUGGGUUCUUCCCACAACAGGCUCAAGGGCAUGUGACAGAGAUGAGCACCGCAGCCGUGCACAGCUAUAGCAUAUGCCCCUAAUUUUACCUUUAUAUCUGCUUGAAAUGGAGUACGUCAGAGGGGAAGCUCUCAAGAUCAAGAAGAAACCCCACAUUACUUUAUUCGGCCAUUCAAGGAAACGGGAGGUGCACUGUCAUGUCUUCAAAGCUUCAGCCGUGAGGUGCAAUGGCUCUGCCGACAACGGGAGGCUCAGCAGACACUGGUGCUGGUGGGGGUGAACCUGGCUGCCACAUUGCUGCUGCUCUCGUGGUGCCACACCACCCGCAGCAUGGCUCUCAUGGCAUACACAUACCUUUCAUGGUUCAGUCUUCUGAGCCUUGUCACGUGUUUGGUGUUUGUGUGGGCAGAGGGCCAGCGAGCGACACAGACGUUCACGUUUGGGUACCAGCGUUGUGAGGUUCUGGCAGUGUUCUCCUCAGUGAUGCUGUCAUUGCUUGGUGCAGUGAUCAUUGUCAAGGAAUGCAUUGAGCGGCUCUUCCAGCCUGAACCAGUGCAGACAGGCAUGCUGAGCAGUGGUGGUCUGGUGGGCUUCAUCCUGCACCUGGGGAUGACCUCACUCUCCCGCAAUCCCCCUCUGGCCCAGGUCCUGCGGGCCUCCCAGUCAUCACUCCUGCAGGAACACGUGGCUGACAUGUGCCAUAGUCUGUGCAGUUACAUACCGUCUCUCACAAGGAUUCUCCUGCCCAGAGUGGAUCCCUUGGUCCUAAUCUCAAUUGCUGGGUUUCUGGCAAUAUUAGUGGACCACCUCAUCAUUCAAAUAUAUAAUUACCAGCAGGCGGACAGUGUGGCUGCCCUGGUCAUCGCACUGCUCACCAUUGCCACCAUGUUUCCACUGUGUGUGUGCUCAGCCACCAUACUCCUCCAGACCACACCACCAACCAUAUUCGUUCAACUGGACAAGUGCCUGCGGGAGGCCCUCACCCUGGAUGGUGUGCUUGAGUUCCGCCAUGAGAAGUUCUGGGCCCUGGCUGUGGAGGAUCCUGCACACCGCGUCUCCACCACCAACAGGCACCCUAGUGGCUAUGUGCUUACUGGCAGUCUUCAUGUCAGAAUUCGUCGUGAUGCUAAUGAACAGAAGGUGUUGGCGCAUGUAAGGGAGCGCCUGUCUCCCUUGGUGCCGUUGUUGACUGUGCAGGUGUUCAAGGAUGACUGGACCCGCAGCUCCACCACCCUGCAGCUGCUGAAAGACUCGGCGCGUGCCCUGGCCACCUCGCCAACGCACUCGCCUCACUAUGUUAAUGUCACGUAUCCCCAAGUGUACAGCCCCCUCAAGCCCGCCACUGCCAAGCUGCCCCGGACUCCCCAGGCAUACUACCCAAGACUGCAGGAGUCCCCCUUCCUCCUCUCACAGCCUCAGCCGUGCCACAGUUCCUCACCCCAAGUGGAAAGUUCUCCCAGGACACCCUAUUCUGACAUCAAUAAUACCUCUGUGGAUGGAUCUCGGUACAGUUAUACUCACAUUAGGGAAGGCUCUGUGCCACAUGAACGCUCAGAGCCUCACAUGCCAAGAAUCUCCGGUGGAUGGGGUAGGGGAGUCUCUGGGGAGUCUGCCAUAAGUACUCAGACCUGGAUGGCCCCAAGUGAUCCGAAUGUUCCCAGAGAAGGUCACUCGCCAAAACCAUUUCCACACUAUGUAAAUGUUGAUUUCUCGGCGAGGUCGGGCAUCUUACAGAAUGUUGCAGGAACGCCUGUAGAAAACUGCAACAACUUUCAUCAUAUUCCAAGAUAAUGGUAGCUGGAGAGUUAGCAACAUCACAGCGAAAUAUAGGAAGAUACUAGAGACAUGUUGAGGGUGUGUGAUUAUAUUAAUCUCCUAUCCAUCACCCAAAACCUUCUAGUUAUUCAGUUUCAUCUACAUCUGCUCAUGUGCAGUAAAUGCUAUGUUAAUGAAUAAUAGGCAGCUAAUACUUGCUUCAUGGUAGUGUUUGAGGUUGUGUGUGUAUGUGGGGAUGAGUAUGUGUGUGUGCAUGUGCAUGCAUGCAUGUUCAUCUGUCUGUUCCUCUGUGUGCAUGAGUGAAUAUAUAUUUUUAUAAUGAGUAACUUGGGAAAGAUAGAUUUACACACAUUGGGGAGAACUACUUCAAGGAGAUUAGAAGUCAGCAUUUACAUUCCCUCACUGUCUCUAAUAUGAUGACAGUCAUAUAUUUGUGUACUCCAAAGUAAGAGAAGGAUAAUAAGUAUCUCUGGUGCUAAAUAUAUUUUUGAGGUAUCUUAAGCACAUUGCCAGACAGUAGGCUAUAUAUUUUGCCCCACUGUAGAAAGACAUUCCUUCACAGAGAAUCAUGGUAUUAGAUAAAUUAUUUGGAAGUUGUGUUUUAGAUGCUUUCAGGAGAAUUACAGGCUUGCUACCUUCAUUGAUUUGUCUUGUACCUUCAGAAGGUCUUGAAAAAUAUUACAGUCCAUACAUAAACACAUAUGCAUGUGUUUAUGCAUGUAUGUGUAUUUGUGGUAUGGGUAGUCACUUUAUCAGUAAUUGUGAAAGUUCACUACCACAUCAAAUAGUUUGAUAUUUCCAUAAUUAAUGCAUAUGAUAUAUGUGCAGUUUUAUUAUACUUACUGUUUUGUGGUUAGUAAUUACACAUUACAUAUUGUGGCUACUAACAUUAUUAUUUUUUUGUUUGUUUUUGUUUGUUUGUUUUCAUCCUACAUUUGACAGAGAGUUUUCUAGCUGUUCAGUUAUUUCAUUUGCCAUCAUCAUUAUCUCCACUAACUUCUGUUUCUGUUUCCAUUAUCACUUGGGAUGGAGUAACACUGGGAAAGGUUGGUAACCAUCACCAACCACCAGCCACAUGUUGGGUGCGAGGUGCAGCCUGUCCAUCAACCCCAUUAGUGAUAGGUUUGGAUGGGUACUAAUAGGUGAGAUGUAUUUACUUGACUAUUCCUGAGACUUUUUGUGCUGUUCCCAUCCUGUUUGAUUACAAGAGUAUUGAUGCUCUAGCCAUCACACGAUUAUAAUGAAACCAUGUCCAUUGUCAUAAUGUCAGUAAUGAGGGAGAACUUAUGUAAUGUUAUCUAGUGUGGCAUCUACAAUUUUCAAAUCUUGGCUUGAUAUGGAAAUGAUUCAUAUAGCCAUAGUGUACCACCCAACACUUCACUACCUCUCAGGUGUAGCCUUAACAAACAACACCUUUCCUUAUUUAUGCAUUUAUUUAUCCUCAUUUUUAUCAUAUUUUAAUAUCACUUCUCCCUGACUUGCAGAAUCAUCUUUUUUGGGGGUUUGCCUUGUUUAUUUCUUCCUAACUUGUGUUCUUGGGGGCUUGGUAAUUUAUGCUUUAUUCCUUGACUCGGAAAGUUAUUUAUUUUGUGUGAUUUUAGGACCCUCAUUUUAUCUUACUUUACUCAAGAGAUAUUUCAUGUAUUAUUCCUUCAACAGUCUUCCCUCCCACAAUGCUAUCUUUAUCCAUUACAAAUCUUAUUUUCCCUCAAGCAAAUAUUCUUCCUUAUCUUGCUUUAUGAUUAACCUCUGUCCUCUCGUAUCCAUGAGGAUGAGGCAAUACAUUAUAUCCCUUCCAGCACAGUGUUCCCCCUUAUUUCUUUAUUUUACAUUGCCUGUAUCAUUUUCCUCCUACUUUACUGUUCAUGUAUUGUUGUCCUUUAACCUUGUUUCCCCCAUUCAGCACAUGCCCUUUAAUCCUUAUUUUCUUCACCCAUACAUGUCAUUUAUUGUCUUCCAUCCGUGGUGUAGUGGUUAGCACGCCUUGCUGUGAAUCCCCGGGCCCAGGUUCAGUUCUGGCCCAGGGCAGUCAGUGCCCACCCCACCCAGGUGUUCAUCCUCCCAUUCAGGCUGGUCAAUAAAUGGGUACUUGGGGAAUCCUGAGGAAGGUAAACUGGUAACCCGAACGUCAUGCUUGCAAUGUGUCCCAGGAUCGUGAAGGUUGAACCCCCACAGGCUCAAGGGCCAAUGAGAUGAGACAGAGAUGAGGACUGAGGCCAUGCACAGCUUUGCAUAUCCUUCAGACUUCUUGACCAUCCCAUUAUAUUGCUAUUUAUGUCUAUGUCCUUUAGCCCCUGUACUUUCCUCAACUACCAUUUCCCUAAGCAAUAAUUUCUGUUUAGUAUUUUAAAUAAUUAACUUAUUUUACAGUGGUAAUGUUGCCUAUGAGAACUUUCAAAUUUUAGGUCUUUGUGUUCAUGUGAUUAUACAGAUUCAUUUUACAGUGCAAUGGUACAACACAGGAUUCACCAGGCUCUCUAUGAAGUUUGCAAUAUGUAUUUAUUUUUAUAUGUUAACCCCAUCAAAGAAUUAUAUGAAGGUAAAAAAACUCUAGAUACACUUCAUUAGCUUGUAUAAAGUGAAUUGGUUUGAUUGUAAUGACCUUUGCACUGAGGCAUGUCAUGUGAUUUAUGGAGGGAGUGUUUUGGCAACUUUGUAUGCGGAGGUUUAUAGAAUCUGUACAUAAUAUAUUGGUAUACUCAGACAGCAAAAAAUAUAUCAGCAAUUAUAA